CUUCCUGCUCUGUGUGACAGGAGCUGCGGUGUCUCAGAGGCUAACGUGUCUUCAACUCACCGAGGGUCCCACGGAGGUCCGAGGGGACACAGUGGUGUCAGGUCUGGUUCCGGGUGGUUGAACGGUUAAUGCACAGAGAAAAGAGGCUGAAAAUCGACGACAAAAGAGAGGAGGCUGUAAAGAGGUUCAGAGAGGCAGCGGCAGGCAUGACGGGGGUGGACGAACUGUCGGACAGCACGGAGGUGGUGGAGAUGGAGGAUGUGAAUCCCACCCAGUUCCAGGUGGAGAAGCACACGUGGGACGGCCUGAGGAAGAUCAUCCACAACAGCCGCAAGAACACGGGCAUGGUCAUCAGCAAGGCGCCACAUGACUUCCAGUUCAUCCAGAAGGACGAGGCCAGCCCGCACUCUCACCGCAUCUACUACCUCGGAAUGCCUUACGCCAGCAGGGAAAACACGUUACUUUACUCGGACAUUCCUAAGAAGAUCCGCAAAGACGCCCUGCUGGUUUUGUCAUGGAAACAGAUGCUGGAUCACUUUCAGGCCAGCCCGCACCACGGGGGCUUCUCUCGGGAGGAGGAGCUGCUGCGUGAGAGGAAGCGCUUGGGGGUGUCUGGCAUCACCUCCUAUGAAUACCACCGCCCCAGUGGCCUCUUCCUGUUCCAGGCCAACAGCAGUCUGUACUACUGCCACGAUGGGGGGAACAACAGCCUCAUUACUUCUCCAGUGAAUCCUGUAGAGAUCAAGAGCCAGUGUCCAGGGACACGCAUGGACCCCAAGAUCUGCCCCGGAGACCCCAACUUCAUCGGCUUCAUCAACAACAACGACAUCUGGGUGACCAGCAUCCAGACGGGCGAAGAGAGGAGGCUCACCUUCUGCCACAAAGGAAGCGAAAAUAUAAAGGAAGACCCCAAGUCUGCUGGUGUUGCCACGUUUGUCACACAGGAAGAGUUUGAUCGCUUCACUGGAUACUGGUGGUCACCCGCUGCUCGAGAAGAGUCCGACGGGAGUAAGACUUUACAGAUUAUAUACGAGGAGGUGGACGAGUCUGAGGUUGAGAUCAUCCACGUUCCCUCUCCAGCUCUGGAGGAGCGUAAGACGGAUGUCUACAGAUAUCCACACGCAGGCAGCAAGAAUCCCGCAAUUACUCUGAAAAUGUCAGAAAUCAGAACAGAUCACCUCGGCAAAAUUGUCAGCACACAGGAAAAAGAGCUGCCUGUUCCCUUCACCUCCCUCUUUCCAGGGACUGAGUACAUCUCCAGAGUUGGAUGGACAAAAGAUGGUCGAUAUGCGUGGGCUGUCAUGAUGGACCGACGACAGCAGCGUCUCCAGUUGAUCUUUUUGCCUCCAGCGCUCUUCAUCCCUGCGAAUCAGGAUGAGGCCAGCAGACAGAAGAGCCUGGAGAACCUGGGAGACUCAGUGCAGCCAUUCAUCGUCUACGAGGAGACCAGCGACAUCUGGAUCAACGUCCAUGACAUCUUCCAUCCUUUCAUCCAAACCAGUGAGGAUGAAAUCACUUUCAUCACUGUAAACGAGUCUAAAACCGGCUUCUGCCACUUGUAUAAGAUCACGUCAGUGUUACAGCGCGGCAGCUAUCACUGGGCUAAAGGCUACACACACUCUGAAGAUGAUUUCAAGUGUCCAGUUAAAGAGGAGCUGACGAUAACCAGUGGGAAGUGGGAGGUGCUGGCCAAUCACGGAGCAAAGCGUUCCUCCAGUCCUCAGAUUUGGGUGGAUGAGGCGACCAAGCUGGUUUACUUCCAGGGAACCAAAGACUCUCCUCUGGAGCAUCAUCUCUACGUGGUGAGCUACGACUCGCCGGGCGAAAUGGUCCGACUCACCAAACCUGGGUUCUCCCACAGCUGCUCCGUGAGCCAGACCUUCGACAUGUUUAUAAGCCAUUACAGCAGCUUGACCACGUCGCCCUGUGUGCACAUCUUCAAGCUGGUUGGCUCCGACAGCGACCCGCUACACAAAGAGCCGCAGUUCUGGGCGAGCAUGAUGGAGUCCUCCGGUUUCCCAUUAGACUACACUACUCCAGAGAUCUUCAGCUUCCCAGGGAAGUCGGGCUUCAAGCUGUACGGCAUGUUGUACAAACCCCACAACCUGGUGCCCGGCAGGAGGCAUCCCACUGUCGUCUUUGUUUAUGGCGGUCCGCAGGUGCAGUUAGUGAAUAACUCGUAUAAAGGAGUGAAAUACCUGCGGUUGAACACUCUGGCGUCUCUGGGCUACGCUGUGCUGGUGAUCGACGGGCGAGGCUCCUGUCAGCGAGGCCUCAAGUUUGAAGGAGCUGUGAAGGACAAAAUGGGGCAGGUGGAGAUUGAGGACCAGGUGGAGGCUUUGCACUACGUAGCCGACAAGUACAAGUGUGUGGACAUGAGUCGUGUUGCCAUCCACGGCUGGUCGUACGGAGGCUUCCUGUCUCUCAUGGGCCUCAUCCAUAAGCCCGACAUCUUCAAGGUUGCCAUUGCAGGAGCACCAGUGACUUUGUGGAUGGCCUACGACACCGGAUACACGGAGCGAUAUCUGGAUACGCCGGAAAAAAACAAGAAGGGAUACGAGGCCUGUUCCGUGGCUCUCCACGUCGAUAAACUCCCAAAUGAACCCAACAGGUUGCUGAUCCUUCAUGGGUUCCUAGAUGAGAACGUACACUUUUUUCACACCAACUUCCUGGUGUCUCAACUCAUCCGAGCAGGGAAACCAUACAACCUGCAGGUUUACCCCAAUGAGCGACACAGUAUCCGAUGUCCCGAGUCCGGAGAACAUUACGAGAUCACGAUGCUGCACUUCCUCCAGCAGAACCUCUGAUAAUCCUCUACACAUGGACCUUCUCUUGCCUUGUCCUUCCCUGCAUCCUCCCUCUCCUCCCUUCAUCUCCUCCAUUUAUUUGAUGAUAAAUACAUGACUUGUAUUAAGAUGUUUAACUACCAAACAAAGCAUUUUGUAGCCAGAAGCUCCUUUUUGCAGUGGAAGGUUUGAAAAUAAUCUUCAAAAGGAGCAGGGGGCGCUGUUGGACAGGAACAAACAGGACCGAAGCUUUUCUGAGAUUCUAGUGAUGGUUGACGAUGAAGCAAGGAAUAAAAACACUGAAUUGAAAUGUGAGAGUGACGAUACUGACGCUAUAAACUUUAACUAAACACACUUUUCAGUAUUGCAAAAACUAUAGACGUGGACCCGCUGCAGCCGGUUUUUGGAAGCAGUUUCGAGCAGUUACAGACCCUUUUUCUUUUUUUCACGUUUCCACCAACAGACACUGGAGUAAAGUUAGAAAUCAUAAACCUCUAUAAGAAACCGCAUCCUCUUUUACUUUUUGCUUUGACACUUUUUCCUAGAAGAAUGUGUGCCGCACUGUGUCAGGUCCACAAGAGAAUAAGUUACACAUCAAGUUUCUAUCAUGGACUUCCCCACACAAUAGUUAAUGCAUUAUAAUGAAACCAGAACUGGUGCAACCGUAUCAUGACCUCUCACUGUUUCACUCAGUCGCUUGCUUUGCUGUCGCCGGAGCGCCUUUUUCUUCUUCUUCUGCUGCUGCUGACAAAUAUUUGCACGUUACGUAUUUGCCUCUGUGCCAACGGACUGAACAAUGAGAUGAUGUUUGACUCAGCUCCUCAGUGUGAGGGGCCUUGUAAGAGCUGAAGAGAGCCUGCGCAUAUAGUUUAUAUCAGGGAAUGUGUGUGAGGACCUAUGGAAAUAUAAUGCCUUUUAUAUGCGUGUGUCUGAUGAUCAUCUGUAUUCUCAGAACGUGAAGAAAUAAACAAGUGAACAAUCUUUUUUCAAA